CUCUGUGCUAGGGCAAAUAACUAAAAUAAGUUAAAUUAAAAAAAAUACAAUUUGAUAUAAAAAAAAAAUGCCUAGAAGCAUAUCAAGGUCUCCGUCGUCAUACCGCAGGAGACGCUCACCGUCUCCGGCCAUUCGCCGCCGCCGUAGAGACCGGAGCCGGUCAACUUAUACUAACCACAUCAGUAGGCGAAGAAGUCGGUCGAGUAGUCCUAGACGACGUAGAAGUAGAUCUCCGGUUUCUAGGCAUAAGAAAAGCCGGUCCCCAACGCCGCCUCGGCGUCAUAGGAGACGAAAAAGUAGGACUCCGUCGGUUAGUCCUGUGGAGUCUCCAACCAAGAGUGGUACGUCUACUGAGCGGAAAAAUGCCCUUGCGAAAUCGAGAAAGGAAGAAGAAGAAAAGAAAAGGCUUGAACAGGAGAUGGAGCUCAAAAGAUUGGAAGAAGAGACAGCAAUGAGAAUAGAAGAAGCAAUCCGCACAAAAGUUGAAGAGAGAUUAGGCUCAGAUGAAGUUAAACAAGAAAUAGAGAGGAGAGUGGAAGAAGGUCAAAAGAAACUUUUUGAUGAUGUUGAGGCUCAACUUGAACGAGAAAAGCAAGCAGCUCUUACUGAAGCUAGGCAGAAAGAGGAACAAGCAAGAAGAGAGAGAGAAGAGCUUGAUAAGAUGUUGGAAGAGAAUCGCAGGCGGGUAGAAGAGGCUCAAAGAAGAGAAGCUCUUGAGCUUCAACGCAAAGAGGAGGAACGGCACAGGGAGCUUGAACUAAUUCAAAGACAAAAAGAAGAGGCUGCUAGAAGAAAGAAGCUUGAAGAAGAAGAAGAACUUAUAAGGUUAUCAAGUAAGCUCAAAUCUCGAUAGCAAUAACAAGUCAAGCCAAAUGCAGCUGACCAAACACAAGUAUUAUCCAGGUGAUGAUGUGUUUUUUUAGUCUUUUCUAUUAACCCUCGAAUCUGUAGUCUUAUUUAUUUGAAUAUGCUCUGUUUUUGUUUGCUCCUUUGUGUAAGUUAGGAAAGCAGCUUAGUGCCUUGAAGUCAGGCGAAUGUUCUUUAGUGAAUACUUUGGUAGAUGUAAGUUAACUUUUUUGUCUAAAAACCGUAAAUUUAGUUUAAUGAUUUUUCAAA